AUGGCUUGCUCCGUCCUCCCGAUCGCGCCCCACCUGGCCGGCUGCCUCCCGCACCAGAUGAUGAUGAGGGUCCCAGCGGCUCCGGCACCAACGCCGGCGCCGGCGCCGGCGCCGGCGCCAGAGGAGCUGCGGCUGUCGGACCUCGACUGGAUCGGCGACCUCGGCGCGGGCGGCUUCGCCAGGGUCAGCAAGGCGCGCCACCGCCGCACCGGUGCGGUGUUCGCGCUCAAGAUGUCAUUCGACGCGGACCCCGACGUGGAGGAGGAGGCCGAGGUGCUCCGCCGCGCCGCCGGGUCGCCGCACGUCGUCGACUGCCACGCCCUGCUCCGCGGGCCCGCCGGCGAGCCCGCUUUCGCGCUCGAGUUCAUGGACGCCGGCUCGCUCGGCCGCGUCCUGUGCCGGCGCCACCGGGGGAGCAGGGGAGUCCCCGAGCUGGCGCUCGCCGAGGCGGCCGCGCACUGCGUCGUCGGGCUGGCCCAGCUGCACUCGCGCGGCGUCGCGCACCUGGACGUCAAGCCGGACAACUUCCUCGCCAGCUCCCGCGGCGAGAUCAAGAUCAGCGACUUCAACACGUCGAGGAUCCUCUACGGCAGCGCCGGCGAGCGCCUCCAGGUGCCCAUCACUGCCGGGACUCUCGCCUACUUCAGCCCCGAGCGGUUCGCGCCGAGAGCCCGCGCCGGGCCGCACGGUGCCAUGGCCGCCGACGUGUGGGGCCUCGGGGUCACCGUCCUGGAGCUCUUCUUGGGCCGGUUCGCCGUCGUGCCGGAUGCAGACAAGGCGUCUGCGGCGGAGCUGGAGCUGGCCAUCUGCCACGGGGAGCCUCUGCGCGUGCCGGAAGAAGCAGAGGCGUCGGCGGAGCUGCGCGGGUUCGUGGCCGCGUGCCUGCAGUGGGAGCCGACGCGGCGCGCCACGGUGCCGCAGCUGCUCCGGCACCCGUUCCUCACUCGCCGCGACGUCGAGGCGUCAAGGCGCGCGCUGCGGGACCUCAUCGUCGAGACGCUGUAGCGGCAGCAGAUUACGUCGUCGAGGAGUGGACGGGAUCUGUGUAAAUGGAUUCUUCAGAUUAACUGUGUGUUCUUUCGCUGAUUAACAUAUUCGAU